UCAGUAGAGAGAGGUCAGUGCGCGAAACGUCACACUGUCAUUUUGCUUCACGCAGUCGAAGGAGAAGGUUGUGAAAUGCAACACGUUAAGAGACAGGAUGCCCAUUAAUACAAAGAACCGAUUUUUAUUGCUUUAUGGUUCUCAAACUGGACAAGCUAAAGCCAUUGCAGAGGAAAUCGCUGAUAAAGCCGAGAAUCACGGUCUUCAUGCUGAUAUUCAUUGCAUGAGUCAAACAGAGAAAACAUUUAAUUUGGAAAAAGAAAACUGUGCAGUAUUUGUAGUAUCUACAACUGGGGAAGGUGAUGCUCCUGAUACAGCUUCUAAAUUUCUACGAAGAUUGCGAAAAAAAACUUUACCCGAGGAUUAUUUAUGUCAACUUAGUUAUACAGUAUUGGGUUUAGGUGACACAAACUAUACGAACUUUUGUAACUGUGGGAAAACCUUAAACAAACGGAUUCUUGAAUUGGGUGCAAAACUGUUUUAUAAUCCUGGCUGGGCAGAUGAUGGUGUAGGGUUAGAGAUUGUGGUAGAACCUUGGCUGGAUAAUCUAUUUGAAUCUUUGAAAAAGCAACUCCACAUUUCAUCAGUGCCAACAGAUGCAACCAUGGAUAAUACUGCGUCUAAUAUGAACAGUAAUCAGAGGGAAAUAUUAGACCCGUUAGAGAAGAAAACAGAUUUGAAUACUGUAGUUAAUCUUCAAAUGACUGAUAAUGAUUCUCAUUUAGAUAACAAAGCAUCAAAUGCAGACAAAACCAUAACGGAUCAGGGCUCUGAUCUUGGUCAGGACAGUAGCAGGAACAAUUCAAGUAGUGAUAUUGGAAAUGAAAAUGAUUCAAAAACAAUUCCCUGUUUGACUUCUACAGUGCCACCAUUAUCAGACAGUGAUCUAACAUUACCUGCAAUGCCACCAUCUUAUAUUCAUGUGACCUUUGAUGAAAAUCUCACCAUUGAUUUAACAGAUUUACCCCGUCAAAAUGGCUAUCCUUUUCCUUCUGCAAACUCAGAUGUGAAAAUGGUAGCAAUUUCCUCAGCUACAAUACUAACAUCAAAUGAUUCUGUUAAAAAAACUCUAAAGAUAGGACUGGAUAUUAAGAACCGUGGAAUAACCUAUGAACCUGGUGACGCUGUGUCGAUUAUUUGUCCAAAUAAUGAACAUGAAGUAAAUGAUCUACUAAAAAGAUUGAAUGUAUUAGAAAAAGCUGAUACCACUGUAGAUUUAUCAAUUAUAUCUGAUACAAAAAAGAGAAGAGCUGUGAUACCACCUCACAUACCAGAACAAGCCACAUUACGUCAUAUAUUUCUCACAUGUAUUGAUAUCAGAGAACCCCCUAAAAAGGCCUUAUUAAGGGUGUUUGUUGAGCACACAAGCCAUCCAAGAGAGAAAAGAAGGCUCCAAGAAUUAUGUAGUAAGCAGGGCUCUAAUGAUUACUCCCAGUUUAUCAGGGAGCAGUCUUUAUCUAUAAUGGACAUUUUAACCGCUUUUCCUUCUUGCCAUCCACCAUUACAUAGUAUUUUAGAACAUACAAGCAGAUUAAAACCAAGACCAUAUUCAGCUUGCAGUGCCCUGUCUGCAUGCCCAGAUAGACUUGAGUUUGUAUUUAAUGUAUUAGAGAUACCAGAAGGAAAUGGCAGAUGUACAGCUAGACAAGGAGUUUGUACAGGAUGGUUAGAUAACAUAACUAAAUCAAUACAGACAAAUAACGAAGAUCUCAAUAGUCAGAUGUCAUCUUUAUCUCUUAAUGAAGAUAUCCAGAUUCCUAUUUUUACAAGGACUAACCAACAUUUCCGACCACCGACAGACCUUUCCUGUCCUGUUAUUUUUAUAGGUCCUGGUACAGGUGUAGCUCCUUUUAUAGGAUUUUUAUUGGAGCGACAGAAACGGAAGCAGUCAUUAGUUGAGGAAACUACUUAUGGUGAAACAUGGCUGUUUUAUGGGUGUCGUAAUAAGAAUAAAGAUUAUCUUUUCAAGCAGGAAUUGGAAGAUUUUCAUGGUUCCGGAACCUUAAACAAACUAUGUGUGUGUUUUUCUCGAGAUGAUCAGCCCGAAGAUUCACCAAGAUAUGUGCAAGAUUUUCUGCUUCAGGAGACAGAUGCCAUUAGUAAAUUGAUAGAGACUGAAAAGUUACUUAUUUAUGUUUGUGGGGAUGCUAAAAAUAUGGCUAAAGAUGUUAAUGAAGCCUUAGCUAAAAUAAUUAAAACUAAAAUGGGUUUAUCAGAAGAAGGAGCAAAAAGUUAUCUGAUGAAAAUGAGAUUGCACAGAAGGUAUUUUGAAGAUGUAUGGACAUAAUAAACUUAUGACUGAUAACUUGUUAAUAUGAAUUAACAGUCAAUAUGUUCUAAUAUUGCAAAACAGAACAUGAAAUGUGACUCUUUUAAACAAGAAACUUUAUAUUUAUUUAAAUAUAAACACUAUAUUAUAUAAUCAUGGCUGUGAUAAAAUUUUAACUGCAAGUAUACAAAAUAAAUUUUAUGGUAAACUA